GGAAGUCGUCUCCAUUAGGCACGUCCCGGUGUUGCUCCGUGGUUCGGGUCAGACGUGUAGGUGACAGUUUCUCAGACUUUACCGCCAACGUGAAGCCAGAACCGGGUGCACGUACCAGAAGCUCCCCUGUCCCUCGGUCCUCUGUGAUUCUCGUCCUGCUGUGUUUCCAUGCUUCUGCUGCCGAUGAUGGCCGGCGACGGGACACACGCUCACUGAGCUCCACCUGUUCCCCUCCCUGGCAGAUUUCUGAAGUUUAAGUGUCAUGCCAGUCCCAGUGAUGGACCAGCCUGUGGUCGAUCACCAGAAAAGGUUUCAAGCUGCUGUGGAUGUUAUCCAUAACCUGCCCAAAAACGGCUCCUACCAGCCCUCUUACGAGGUGAUGCUGCGUUUCUACAGUCUGUAUAAGCAGGCUGUGUGUGGACCCUGUAAAGCAUCGCGCCCCGGCUUCUGGGACCCAGUGGGCCGCUACAAAUGGGAUGCAUGGAGCCACCUGGGGGAGAUGAGCAGUGAAAGUGCCAUGGCUGCAUAUGUGGACGAGAUGAAGAAAGUAGCUCAGGAGGUCAUCGACACCAUGCCCAUGAAUGAGAAGACGGCCUCACUCUUCCACCACUUUGAGCAUCUCUACCUGGUCAUUGAUGAUAUGCCGCGGCCUCCAGGGUCCCUGCUCACACUUAGAGAAGGUCUUAAAGGACGUGAGCAUGCUGACAGUCCAGAAGAGAUGAAGAGUGAGGAUGAGGAGCAGGAGGGGCCUAAAGAAGAUUCUUUUCCUCCAGAGGAUCCAGAUCGGGAGUUCAGCCUGGCUGAGGUUAUAGACCUCACAGCCAACACCAUCCCUAAUGACUCUGGCGUGUGCGAGGGUUUGGUGUUGACCAGUGAUUCUGAGAGUGAGAUCUUCUGUGACUCCGUGGAUUCAGUGGAGCAACUCAGUAACAUCAAGGUUCCUGUAGGUAAAUUCAACGGUUUCCAGAAUGGCCACGUGUCAUUGGAGACAUCCGGCCGUCUUGAGGUCCGACAGGUCGGAGCAGGUCAAGGUGGAGAGGGAGGUAGCGAUGGGAAGGGUCAGGGUCCCGUCAGCAGGAGGCGAGACAGUGGGCGGGAAGGUUCCCACCACAACUGGAGAGAACGUGGUGUCCCUCAGGGAAGUCCAAGGUGGGGGGGCCCGGGUGGCGGCGGCGGAGGGGCCGGACGAGGAGGAGGGGAUGGUUCCGAGGGCGGGGCAGAGAGGAUCCAUGACACCCAGCUACAGCAGCAGAUCAUUGUGGCACUGCGGAGGCUCAGAGAGGACAUGAGGAGUGUGAUGGACCGGCUGGAGGUUGUGGAAAGGCUCGCUGCCACACACGCUCAGGGCUCAGAGUGGAGACAAUGUCUGCAGUGUGCUACCACAGCAUCACAUGAGCAGGAGGAGUGGUGGUGGCCAUUCGACGUGUCGGGCCAGACGGUCCUGCUCUUCCUGGUGUGGCCCUUUGUGGCUCAGGGCGUGGUGUACCUGCUGAGGAAAGCCCAGAAGAGAAGACGCAUAUGUUCGUGAAAUGACACUCAACCAUUCGGCCACAGCGAUCCAUCGGUGCAAGGAGUUUCCUUUCUACAGCAGAAAGGAUUAAUACCAGUAUGUAUUCACAAGAGGGGUUCCUCCUCUUCCACCUCCGCCCUGAACACCAUGAGGAGGGAGAGAACUUUGUGGACUUGGUGUCUGCUGGGAAAUGUAUCUGCUUCUUUGUUCACCUCAGGAUCCAGAAAUCCUCUCACUCACUGCGGAAAAUGAUUCUUUAUUUAAAAUAUUCAAGUGGCUUAAUGAGCUGGCCUGGGGUGGGCAGCAGGAAUCAGAUAGUCAACACGAUAUUGUGUUAUUCAACCUGGAGAUGUGCUUAUACUGAUCAUGACAAGCCUGAAUUAAAGACUUGGGUUAUAUUAUUGUUAUAUUAUGUUAGUGAGACCUAAUGUGCAGUCACCAUAUUCCUCUUCUUUUGGUUUUGCUUCCGUGACCUCAACAUCUAUGGAAAACAUCAGAACAAUUGCAGCGAGGAGAGGACUCUUGUGUUCUCAUUGUACAUGUUGGGAGCUCAGGUUGUGGGUCGGUGUCUCUUAAAUUUAAUUUGUGUGUUUCCGUUGCUCUGGUGCUGCAUCUCUUUGACACUUUCACUUUUUACACAUUUCAUAAUGUUGAACACUAAUUCUACAAUUUAAAAAAAACAAGGCAACAACAUGACAAAAUGUGAAAAAGAUGAAGGUGUGUGAAACUUUCUGAAUGCCCCGUUAACGUUCAAUUGUUUAAUCGCAGUGUACCUUCACUGUCUCAUUGUGUAGAUCCAUCAUCACUGUACAAAAUCACAUUUUCUCUUGUCAUGUUGAACUGCUGUAACUCCAGUUUUAAGCAAUUACUAAGUACACUGACUGAGAUCCAUCCAUCAGCCACACCAGCUGAAAUUGGGUGAGAGGCGGUACACCUUGGUCAGGACGCCAGAUUGAUCGAGAUAACAACUGUUAUUGAAGACAAGCUCAAAUUAAAGAUCUAUAUUUACUAUAA